AUGAGCAUGUGGAAUCCUCAGGCAGCGGUUCCCGGCCCCUUUGUUCGCCUGCUCCUCACCCCCCAUCCUCCCCUCUCUUUGCAGACCACAACUUCAUUCCAACCAUCACUCACAAUACCCACCGCAUCAAUGGAGAGCAGAUCCACAAUGAAGAGCUCUAUUGCAUCCCUCUCCAGGAUUCAAAUAUCCACCUUCUUUUCAGCAAGCGGCUGUCCAUCGCAGCAGCAAUGCGACGAAAAGGCCAGAAGUCUCUCAGGAGAGUAUCCCACGCCAACACCCCUCCAGGGUGGAAGCAGUUACACCGUCAUUGCUGGGGAAUACGUUGUUCAGUUUCGAGCCGCCAGAGCUGCCCUCGACUUGGAGUUCCUUGGAUUCAUCGAGAAAGCCUACGACGGCUUGAUUCCAUGGCACAGGGCCUUGGGCACAUUGGGGAAUCUCUACGUCUACACGAUGCAGAAUAUUCUUUGCCUCGGCGUGGAACAAGACCCCAGAGGCCUUGCCGCUACCAGAUCGCCAAUCUCUGUACUCCAAGUACGCGUCUCAGCUCGUGCAACUCUCGUAGGGACUACCGCAGCGCUUGGGCUAGUGUUGGAUGGGCUCCUACAACACCUCCCAUGUCUCAUGGGCGCCGGCUGGCCCCUCGUGCCCAACCACGACGGCCUCUUGGAGAACAACAUUUACGUGGACCCGAGCACGGGUAAGUUGGUGGGCAUCUGCGACUUGGCGGGGACGGAAAUCAGCCCGUUCGGUAUGUCCCUCGGCUGGGUCGAGAAUAUUCUCGGAAUCGCCAAACUGAACGGCCAUGCCUACCACGCCAACCAUCAGGAGCUGCGGGGCCUGUUCUACGAAGAGCUGUACCACGCCAUGGAAGACGUCUCUGUCAAGGAUAAGGAGCGUAUGGAAGACGCUAGACUGGUUGGCCUCUUCCUGGCCAAUGGGUGGCGGUGUGACACUUCUGGAACCCUGGUCCCUGCCGAGGAGGGGGAGCCUAACUUGUGCUACCUUGAUGCGGUUCUUCGGACCACAUGCGACAGGUAUUAA